AUAAAAUACAGCAAGUAGAAAGAAGAGAGUACACGUUAUACAUUAUAUUUGGCAGCUGGAACCACUCCUCCAUGUGCCCCCUUUUAAUGUGUUCAAUUCACCAUUCCCUCUCCUCAUUUCAUUUCCUCCUCCUCUCAUGACUUCUCCCACCACCAUCCCACGGCCAAUGCCGCCGCCCUCACGGCGGCGCUUCGCCCCUACAUUCUCCUUCCUCGUCCUCUCCUUCCUCUUCACCUCACACAUCACCAUUGUCGCCGCCGCCGGAGCAGAACCGGAUAUUAGUAAGCUAUCUUUCGAAAACCCUAACCUCCGUCAGGCCUACAUUGCGUUGCAAGCAUGGAAGCAAUCGAUUUUCUCCGAUCCGUUCAACUUCACUUCGGACUGGACCGGUUCAGACGUUUGCUCCUACGGCGGAGUGUUCUGUGCUCCGGCUACUACUAACCCCUCCGUUAAGGUGGUCGCCGGCAUUGACCUCAACCACGCCGAUAUCGCCGGCUUUCUCCCCGAGGAGCUCGGCUUGCUUACAGAUCUGGCACUCUUCCACAUCAACUCGAACCGGUUCUGCGGAAUCGUCCCCCGCAGUUUCAAAAAAUUGAAGCUCCUUUUCGAGCUCGAUUUGAGCAACAAUCGGUUCGUCGGCGGGUUUCCGACGGUGGUGCUCUCUCUACCUUCUCUGAAAUUUUUGGAUCUCCGGUUUAACGAGUUCGAAGGAGGCGUUCCGUCGCAGGUGUUUGAUAAGGAUUUGGACGCCAUUUUUCUCAACGACAACAGGUUCCAGUUCGGCAUACCGGAGAAUUUGGGUAAUUCGCCGGUGUCGGUUCUGGUUCUGGCGAACAACAAUCUCGGAGGUUGUAUCCCAGGGAGCAUUGGGAAGAUGGGGAAGACGCUGAACGAGUUGAUUCUGAUGAACGACAAUUUGACGGGGUGUUUGCCGCCGGAGAUUGGGUUGUUGAGGGAGCUGACGGUGUUUGAUGUGAGCUUCAAUAAUUUGCAGGGGCCGCUGCCGGCGGCGAUUGGCAGUAUGAGGAGCUUGGAGCAGCUGAAUGUAGCGCACAACCGACUUACUGGGGAGGUGACCGCCGCCGUGUGCCAGCUGCCGCGGCUGGAGAACUUUACUUACUCGUACAAUUAUUUCACCAAGGAGGCGGCGCAGUGCGGCAGAUUUGGUGGAGCGACGGUGGCAGAUGGGGAGGAGAAUUGUAUUCCGGGUAAGAGUGAUCAGAGGUCUGUUAAGGAGUGUUCCUCCGAUGCUGCUAAACCCUUCGACUGUAGCAAGUCUAAGUGCGCCGGCAGUAGCGGCGGUGGCGGCGGCGGCGGAGGCUUUACUCCGAAUCCGGGUAAGAGGACCCCCGUGACUCAGAAACCUCCUUCCUCUACGCAGCACGGGACCUAG